CGCUAACCUGAUUCGUCCCAAAUCCAGGCUGGGAUAUUUAUCCAAGGACGCCAAAAGCUCGCUCAGGCGGUUUUCAACCACAGGAAAUACUUCACGUUGACAUGUCACCAGUCACCAGCAGUCGCACAAAACGUCUUCGCUCCAAAAGUUCCGACUUGGUCAAUUUCCAUCAGGUGCGUUCUAAAUUUGGAUUUGCGAAUAAUCCCACUUUUAUGUAACCGAAGAACGUCCCUUUCUUUGGCUCUAGGAGUUUUGCACCCGCCUAGCAAGGUGUGUCGUUCCUCGACUCGCGCCUUCACCCCACGUGCUUGGGUCGAUCCAUGAUACAUUGGCCAUGUUGCAGAUGGGCCCUCAAGAUACCGUUACCGCGACCUCGGUGGUCAAAUAUGCCAGCUGCCAGCGGUCGUUUCCCACCCGUCAGAUGUAUGCCAGGGCAGUGAGAAGUAAAACAUGUCCAGGAAAACGGCAGCCCUCACAGCCAGAUUCGAAACCAUUCAGAUAUUAAUUGCCUGUCCUGUUACAGGGAAUUAUUUAUUAAAAACGCAUAAUAAUGCGCAAUAUAUAAACAGCGUCAGGAGAAAAAGUGGUCGAAGUUGCUCAUUAUGGCUUGAGAAAAGCAAAUUACCUCCUGAGGGACGGAUAAAGAACGAAAACGUCCCAACUACUUAUUGUUACAGGCUGCUAACACUGUCGCCUGUCGACGACCUAAUAAUCUUCACAGCUACAUUUGAUGUCGCGGUAUGUUACUACGUGGCGCGAGAGAGCACCGCAAGGGCCGCCAUUUGGCAUAUUUAAGCCCUUCAACAAACCAUUCAUGCCCAUUUUAUCAGCCGCUAUCUUUUCUAUCGACAGGGUAAUAUUUCAACAAUAUUAUCUCCACACAGUCUAUGCUCUUAUCUUUAUCGAUAUAGCAAUUCCGGAACUAAGGGAUAAAAUACUUUGUUGCUCCAAAAAUUCCCCCAGAAAGUCGCCUAGGCCGGUUCGUUGCUGCGUGAUACUACGCAUGCGGUGUACCUAUAACCUAUUCCGGGCCCAAUAGACGGCGCAAUUAACGGGCCUGCAACGAAAGCAACGAGAGCAACGAAAAUACUGUUGUAUAACAAUGAGUAUCACCUCGUUCAUAUCCCCGACUUCUUAUUUUAGCGCACGUCUGGUCACUCCUGCUUGCUGGCUUUGGAUGUGAUUAAGAAAUAUGUUCGGCCGUCUGUUUAACCUGUCAGAGAUCAUGGUUACCAGACCGCCACAUUCCAGAAGUCAGCGGCUCCGAGCAACAAAAUUGGCAGAGCCCGAAGUACAAGCAGGCCCAAUUAUUUCAUCGAUACCCUCCCUACCCUUGCAGGCUUGUCAAAAUGAUUACAAGAAAAAUUCAACUGCUAGUAUGAACUCUUCAGCUAGAAUAGCUACUUUGGGUUUUCCUUUAUGGUUCCUAUCCGUACUUUUCCAAAGUAUUGGAAAUCGCAACACUAUCAGUAGUAGAAUUUAUUUGUACUGAGAAGUACAAGGCUUGGUUUCCCGAAUGCCUGGUCGACAUUUUAUUCGGUUGGGAUGACGUUGCAUUAUUGCAUUCCGCAUCCCCAGGGCUUAUUUUCUUCAUCAUUGCCAUCUACUUUAAAUAUUUGUGCUUCUGGAGAUUGCAUGAUCAGUGAGCCCUCCUUUGUUCUUUCAGAAGUCCUCCCUAUCCCCAGCUUACCAAGAAAUCAUCCCACGACCUCUUAUCGUUAGAAUCUUCAAGUGGUCCAUAAAUACUUUCAACCUUUGCCCGACACGCUGCCGUUUUGCCUUGUGUUUUCCCACAUUGUAACCCUUCCCGUGAUUCCCAACAUAUGUUAUCUCCCGUGAAACAUAGCUCACGAGCACUGUUAAACGGUGCCACCCUCUUUUGACAGGACGUUCUCCUUUGAAUUGUCGAUGCAACUUAUCCAUUUUUAACCUGAGCUACCUUAAAUGCGCACACCACUCUGACCUGAUGGGGGUUGGAAGAUAGCCAUCCGAGAGCAACUACAGGAAAGGCGUUCGGAGAGGGAAGAAAACUCUGGAACGUGCACCAGUGCCGGUGCCAUUUACUUUGUGAAGCUGACCAGGCGGAAGGUCAUAAUACCAUCACCCCCCCGGUUCUCACGCCGAAAGAUCUGGCGCUCAUAACAGUAUAUCGAGGGUUGUUACUCGAAUGUAUUCGAGCAAUGCGCCUGACGAGCUAACCAGGUGGGAUGUGAUACCCACUCUCCUGGUUAGUUGGUGGUGUACCGGGUUCUCCCUCGCGAUUAUUUUUGUUCGAAUUCUUGGCCGGUAUAUUCGAACCCAAGUUCUGUUCCCGGAAGACUGGGUUAUGCUCAUCAGUGUCAUCCCAUUGCUCAUCCGCAUGGGACUGGUCCAUUUGGUUCUUCUUUACGGCACGAACAACAUGAUUGCAGCAAAUAUUUCAGAUAUUCAGCUUCGUCGACGGGAGAUUGGAAGCGGGCUGGUUUUGGGAGCAAGGAUAUUCUAUGCGCUGUUCAUCUGGACUGCUAAAUAUACCAUCGCUGAGUUCCUCACACGACUCACCGCGCAGACCUGGCGGCGCUCCUUUCAACUGAUGUUGAAUUUUAUCCGUUUCUUCCUUGUUGUUACAUUUGCUGCAGUGGUAAUUUCCACAUUAGCGGAAUGCCAACCAUUCCAGGACUACUGGCAGGUCAGCCCGAUGCCCGCACCCGAAUGCCGGCAGGGAUAUGCACACCUGGUGGCCAUGGGUGCCUGUGAUGCCGCUACAGAUAUCCUUCUCGUCGCUUUUCCGAUUCCUAUCAUAUUUGCUUCGACUAUGCCUACAAGGCGAAAACUCUCUCUCACUAUCCUCUUCUCCUUGUCCCUGAUCCUCGUCGUAAUGACAUGUUACCGUGUACCGGCCGUGAUUGAACGUCAUGGAAACCAGCAAUACCGCUCUCUAUUUGCAUCUCUCGAAGUUCUAGUCGCUACGGCGAUAUCUAAUGCGAUUGUUAUUGGAUCAUUCAUGCGAGACAGAGGUGUGAAGAAACAAAAGUACCAAAUUGGUUCUGUCAGUGAAGCUAGUGACCAAAAGUUCUCCCGCAGUGCUACGAUUACAACCCACCAAUGGGGCAGUGACGCUGAUCUUGCAACUGAUGUUGGGAUUCGCCUUGACACAGAAGCGGAAAUGCCAACUUACCAAGAAAUCCGACCCGCUCCCCUAGCUCAUGCGAAUAACGGGUAUCCAGAAAAGAACAGCUUAUCAGGAUCUAGGGUGGCUCCAUGUCAUCGGCUAGAACGAGAUGAAGAUGUCAUAACCGAUCGAGAUUCCCAAAAGCCCUUUCCCUUUGACCAACCUGGCUCCGUCCCAAAUACUCCAGAAGCUACAGCUUCAGACACAAUAAGCACUGUAACACCUGAACCACCGCCUAAGGACUGUUUAUAUGGCAUGGGAGGUUGGGAGAGUUUUUUACAGGCAUGCAAGCGGCACCAGCUACAGCUUCUCCUUGUGCAGCAAAUGCUCCUACCUUUAUCCCACCUCCCGAACCAAGACUCAAGAGACCACAAUCUUGUCGUCGAAGCCGCCAAUUCCUUGACGCAGUCACUAAUUUACUAUCACUAUCCCCAAAGAAUUCUGGAUCUACCACCGGAUCUGCCACUGGAUCCGCCACUGGCCCAGGCCUCCAUGACCAGCAUCGAGAAUCCCGACCUAUUAGGCCACCACGUGAAGAUGAAGACCGUAUCGAUACUAGCUCCAUGGGGCCGCGGCGACUCCAACUUAACGACUCGACUUGGGAAACUUGCUAAAUCAGGAAAGCGAAUACGAAAAUAAAAAAUAUAAAAAAAAAAACAAAUUAUGCGUGGGAUUUCUUACGAUUUGCUCCAAGGGUGAGCCAUUCGAGCAGGGGGUUAUAACCCCGACCUACAGAGUAUAGUGUACAACGAUGUUUUUCGGACCAAAGAGAACGAAUGUUUUAAUGUUUAUGAUACCACGCUGUCUUUUCAUGUCUUGCUGUCUUAUUACUUGUUUUGCUAAGGCUCCUUUAUCGUAGCAGUGGCGGGCUUUUAUAAAGGUGUUUAUUGGUUUCAACAUUUUAUGUGUAAAUAUUGUUUGGCGAUGACCUCUAUGCUCUUAGAAAUUAUGAAUUGGACUGAAUCUAUGGCUUCUGAGCUGUUGCUCAUGUGGCAUGUAAGUGAUUAUAUAGAUUGAUGACUACAUGUGCCGAAUCGCUUCUACCUCACCUGGCGAAAAAUGAAAAAAGGGGGCUCUCCCUUGUUGAACCAAUGGCCGCUUUAUCAGAACAUAGAGUAACUUAGUUGUGUAACAGCACGUUAGAAAAGCUCUGAUUCGAGAGGUGAAAAGCUCAGAAACGGCAUGAAUAAUUCGCAUUCCCCUCAUUCUAUAUCAAUAAACCUGAAUUUCAUUUAUUUGCAUUCUUUCCGCAUAUUCACACUCCGAUUUGGCCUCCCAGCUACGUAAAUACAUGCAAGUCAAUCUUGCACAGCAUAACCCCGUACAUAUCUGAA